GCCCGGCGAUUCUGCGCGCGUGAGGAGCCGCAGGGACAAGGGCGGAGAGUGCGCCACCGCGACCAGCAGGCGAGCCCCAAACCGCCCCAGAGGCGCCACGGGCAACGAAAGCACCGCCGGAAGCCAAAGGCAACGCGAGCGCAACCGAAACUCUGCAAACACAUGGGGAGGCCGCAGUUGCCGCAGGGAGUGCGCCGGCCGACGACAGUGCGGCGCAAGAGGCUCCGUCACCUUCUCCUCCGAGUGGCGGUGUUAUUGCCAGCACCGACGCCGAAGAGCCCACUGAGAAGACUCCCGAGGCCGCCCAAACUUCUGAGGGUGCGCCGACGCAAGAAGGAGGGCGCCAACAACGUGAAUCUGCCGCUGGCAGUGCGAGGGACAAAGCACCGGCAGCAGAGGCCUCCACCAGCACAAACGACGCAGCAACUCCGGCAGCUGGCGGUGCAGGAGCCGCAACACCGCCAGCCGCCACAACCAGAAAGAAUGCAACGAAGGCGGCGCCCGGCGACAGUGACGGCAGCAGCACCGCGGCAUCGCACUCCGUCUCCCCCCUUGCGCUGCUUCUUCUGCUUGUGUGUGCGGCUGCCGCUGCGGUAG